UCCAGUGCGGUGCACGGCGCGCUAAAUGACGCCUGUUCGAUCCCCGUGACACCUCCGCCAUGAGCUGCUUGGAUGUUAUGUACCAGGUGUUUGGAGCGCAGCCUUACGUCUCCUCCUACAGCUCCUAUCACCACCAGAAGGUGGCCUUGUAUUCCAAAAUGCAAGACUCGCAGGGCGGUCCCCCUGGACUCCAUACCAUCAAAGAGGAAGACAAGGAGGUGCCCCCGGGAACCGAGUACCUAAGUGCACGCUGCGUCAUCUUCACGUACUUCCAAGGGGACAUCAGCGCCGUGGUGGAUGAACACUUCAGUCGCGCCCUCAGCCAGACCGCCUCCUUGUACCCUACUAGCAGUGGACAUAAGGCCCCUAGAGAUGGAUCUUUUCCAAUGAGCCAAAGAAGUUUCCCUCCCUCUUUCUGGCACAGUUCCUACCAGUCAUCCGUCUCGUCCUCGCUGGCCAGCGCUCUCUCAGCGCCCCACUCAGAGCUCGCUUUCCCCGGGGACCCGUACUCCCCGUCUCCCCUCCACAGCCACCUGCAUCAGCCCAGCCCGGACACCUGGCACGCGUCCCACCAUCACCACCACCCUUACUCGUUAGGGGGUGCAAUAGGCACGCAGGGCUCGCACUACACGCGCCCGGCCAUGCACGAGAUGUACGGCGCAACGUUUGACCCUCGCUACGGCUCGCUGCUGGUGCCCUCGGUAAGGCCUCAUCACCGCCUGACAUCCGGCAGCAGCUCGGUACCCGGGUCCAGUAGCUCGCCCUGUGACCUGGGGUGCAAGGGGGAGCCCGGGACGGGGUCGGCAUGGAGCGGAAGUUUCUCAGGAUCUGGACAGGAGAUUGGACUCAACAUGGAUGCAGCUCUGUCCUACGGCGGCCUGUGCUGAUGCCAACGAAAGACCAGAAGACGCCUUGCGGGACAAACUCUUGGGCAGGAAAGACAGACGGGGACAUAUGUGUGCCGUCACGUCGCAGGACUGUCUUCACCGGGGACAACUUGGACAUGCUUUGGCUGGUGGGAGGGUCCAAAUGUCAUCAUGUUGUUGUUAUUAUAAUGCUGUGAAAACUAGUUCCUGAAGUUCUUAAUGCUACAUUUUAAAUAUGAUGUUUUCACCAAGUACCACCUCAGAAAACACUUGGCUGUCCAAGUACCACCAAAAUGACCAACAUUAAAAUACGUAAAGGCCUAGAUAUUUAUUAAAAACAAGGCAGAGAUUCUAAUUACCAAUUUGUUUGGCAACAUUACACACAGUUUGAACAGUAACACUGUGUUUGAAUAUUUAUUUAAUUGAUUAUUUUGCGUCCCACAGUUUGAGAAUUCCUGUUGUAUUGUAUGCACAAGUAUAGAGCUGUAUUGCAAACAGAAAUAUUGGAGUUAACGAGGAUCGAACAGCAGCCAAGUUCACAGUUUUGUUGACCCAUCUCCUCCGCCCUGGCACUCCCCCCUGCAGCGCCCCGUCCCAAUGUGGACUUUACUCUCUGAUGGACUUAUUGGACUCAAAUUUGUUCCAGAAAGACCUUGUCACACCCGGACUCUUUUUGAGAGGUGUUAUUUUAAAGUGAGUUGAAAAAGUAAAGAUUAAAAAGCAUCAGCAUGAAAUGUGAACU